AUGCAGAUUAGUUCUACCGGCUCAAAGCCAGUCAUCUUUAUUGGUGCCGCAGACGCAAUAUGCGGAGAAGCUAUCAGGACUUUUGUGCAAGCAAGCGACGUACCUGUCAUUCUCGCAGACUCCGACGAAGAUGCACUCCGUGGAGUUGUUACCAAGCUACCCGGUAAAAAUAUCACCAUACGAAAGGUGAACCUCUUCGAUCCGGAUGAGUUACGAAGCACUAUCGCCGGAGCUGCGCUCGUAAUUCAAGGAGCGCAACCAUACUAUCGAACCUCAACACCAGUACUCACAGCUUGUAUCGACGCAAAGGUACCCUACCUGGACUAUUCUGAUGACGUGCACAGCACACAAGCGUCACUCGAUUUGCAUGAAAAGGCAAAGAGGGAGGGCGUCCCUUGCUACACCAAUUGUGGUUCAUCUCCGGGAAUGACCAAUCUUAUCGCCCUUGAUAUCGCCAAAGAACUUGAUACCGUCGAGAGUCUUGAUAUUUGUUGGCUCGUCAGCGAAGAGGGAGGUCAAUUAGGUAGAGAGGUCCUGGAGCACCUGAUGCAUAUCACAGGUGGACCUUGUUUAACCUGGGCCGACGGGAAAGCAGCAGUCCAUGAGAACUGGGUCGAGACAGCUUAUGCCCCCGUUAUUACUGGCUCUAAUGAUCUUUUCCAUGAGAGUGUCCAUCCCGAGCCGAUUACCUUGCCGCGCCGACUCCCAAAUAUUAUUCGGAUUCGAACCAUGGGUGCUCUUAGCCCUGCACCAUUCAACGGCUUUGCACGAGGUCUGGGUGCCGCAGUCCACUCUGGGGCUCUUUCUAUGGAUGCAGCCGUCGACUUCCUCGAGGGUAUGCAGACAAAGCCCUCUGCUAGCUGGAGUGAGACCAUCGGUGCCAUGACCUCUCAAUUCCGGGGCGGUGACAUUACACUCAACCAGCUAUACCAAUUAGCUUCCCACGGUAUUGCGUCCCUCAAGCCAUGGAACCUUGCCUUAUGGGGCAUGAUCAACCAGGUGCGUAAAGGAGAAUGCACCUCGGGCGAGGUUCUAAGCUUUUUGGUCGAUUCCGCACGGGGCAAGCAAGCGCCACGUCGAUCGGGUAUUCUCGUUCGUGGCGUUGGCACCCGCAAUGGACAUCCAGCUGUCGUCAUUAGGCGUACACCUGCUGCUAGAAAGGACUCGUUCAUGGGAGAGAGCAUGGCGACUUCGAUUGGGGCAUCUUGUGCUGCUUUUGCUUUGAUGGUGCUGGAUCUGGGGUCACAGAAGCGGCCUGGAGUUCAAUGCCCAGAGGACUGGGCUGAGCUGGAGACAUUUAUCAAGUCCAUGGAGAGGCUUGGCUGCCCUCAGGAUCAGAUUCUUCAGUCGGUUGAGGGGUAG